AUGACAGCGCAGGGCGGAGUCGUCGGCGGAGGCGGAGCCUGGCGGAAAGCGCCGUCGCGGCACGCCGCGGCGCACGCGCCCGGAGGAGUUGGCACGCCACGCAUGCUUCGUAAUGGCCAAUUGAACUACCGGAAGACGCUCCCCCGGCCCGGCUCAUCCUCCGCCUCGUCAAGUGCCGUUCCACUGACAUCAACUCGACAGCAUACAACUACAACAGCUCUAGCAGGGUAGUUUUCAACAGCAACAAUGUCUACACGCACCUUUUCAACAACCACACAAUCGAACUCCAAACAACCGUAAUGAAUUAUUGGAAAUUAGCAAGUCUUUCGGGCAGGAAAUUCGGAAAUUAGCAGUGCGACACUAACAACGGGUAAAAACGGG